AUGAGUCUGAACAAGUCGGGCGAAAAUGGGAGUAGCGGUAAUAGCAUUAGUAGUAGUGGAGCGACAGCAGUCGCUACAACUGCUGGAGCAACAACUACUACUAAUGCUGCCCCCAGUACAGUCACCAAUAACACCUCCGGCACUUCUUCCUCUAGCGCUGUUCCCCAAGCGAACGCGACGAUAUCCACAAACGGAUCAUCCUCGACAUCCGCUGCCUCUCAAGCUCAGAAUCCUCCCCAGAAAUCAACCGGUAAUGCAGGAAAGUCCACUGGAUCCAGUGUCAAUGGAGAGAAUGGGACGAGUCGGGGUCGAAAAGACCGGCCUUGCGAUGCUUGCCGCAGGCGAAAGAGCAGGUGUGUCAUGAACGAGGGCGCAGAGAUAUGUGUACUUUGCCAGUUCCAUAGUCAGGAAUGUACCUUCGUGCAGUCGCCACAGCCACGGAAGCGACGAUUGGCAUCUUCCAGUGUUCAAGGCUCGGAAGAGCCAUCUGUGAAUAAGAAGCGAAGCAGGUCUACCGAGCCAGAUUCACCGCAAGAAACUCGCGGCAAUGUUUCGGUAGAUGACCACUCCAACCAACGUGGACAAUCGCUCCUCAAAGAGACUUUGGGUCUCCAGAGUAACCGGCACACUCAGUUGAUAGGCCCCACGAGCGAAUAUGAGUCUUGCUUGAUAGACUUGUGCCCAUUCGACAGCAAGGACGAGUAUUCACUCUCCUCCAUGGGGGGAUCUUUCCGCCGGAAUCGUGCACCCCUCAUUUCCGAUUCUGCACAAGAGGCCGCAGUUUACAUCCUUGCCCUCAACUGGUGGUCAUACGACAGGGACCUCUCUGCACUGAAGAAGCCUGAUGCUCAGGCACUCGAGAAGCUCGCUAGCAAGACAAUCUCUGACGUCAUGCACCGGCCUAAAUUAUCUACCGUCCAAGCCGGCCUUCUGCUUCUCCAGCAGCACUCAGAUCUCAAAAGUGGAAGUUGGGCACUAACGGCGCAGCUGGUGGCAGUUGGGCAAGACCUAGGCUUGCAUCUAGAUUGCACCUCGUGGAAGAUCCCUAGUUGGGAGCGCGGACUCCGAAAGCGUCUAGCAUGGGGACUUUUCAUGCAAGACAAAUGGGGCGCGCUAACCCAUGGCCGGCCCUCCCAUAUCACGAAAGCGAAUUGGGCAGUACCCCCCGUCAGUUCGGACGACUUUCCGGAACGGGCAGAGGACGAAUCUGACGACGAAGGGGGAUCAUCGGAGGUGGAGAAAGGUCGGAUGCUAUUCGAACAGAUGAUUGUGCUAAGUGGAAUAAUGGCAGAUGUUUUGGAGACAUUUUUCACGAUUGAAGCUCAGAGUGGACUGGGUGGACGCGGGGGUACGAACAGAGUUCUGGAGAGGGCGAAACCGAUUCAGAUACGGUUGAAGGAGUGGUUCACGAAACUGCCGGAUUGUCUUAGGAUGGAUUCAACAAGGUUGAGAAAAUUAUCUUCUAACGGCUAUCUCCAUCUUGCGUACUUUGCGACAGAAAUAACCCUCCACCGUCAAAUUCUCCGCUCCCUUACCCCACCAACCAAUGUCGACCCAUACCUGUUGCACAUUUGCCGUUCUGCAGCCAAAACUCGUCUCAUCUCCGCCAUGGACUUUGUCAACCGUCUCAAACCCGAACAUCUUCAAUCGUUCUGGUAUUUUGCUUCAAAGGUUAACUUUGCACUGAUCGGGACGUUCGGAUCGUUGCUUUGGGCGACUUCCCCGAGUGCACAGGAGGCCGAGUUCUAUAAAGCACGGCUCAGUGAGUAUAGGUGGACGCUUCGCGUUUCAUCACGAGGCGCAGAAUUCAUGGAAUAUGCUGUUGGUGUGCUAGAUGCCUCCGCCGGGCACUCCCAACAAGAGCAGUUCAAGAAGAAGGGGCUAGGAAGCGUGGCACCUGGAUACACAUCCACUGUAGGAGCUGGAGAGGGAUUCGGUUUGGGAAUGGGUGUUGGAAUGUCUGGAGGUGAAAUCCAACAGCAUCCAUCCAUCAUCAUGUCUCAACAAUGGCGUUCCAACGUUAUACCUCAUGAACGUGGGCAUACCCCCCCGGGAACUGGCGACGAGGACAGUGGAGACGAGAUGGACGAUGAGGGCGCAGAGACGGAUGGAUCUAGCACGUCAACCAGGCGUACUCGCGACCAAACAAACAGUCAAUCACCGAGCAUGAAGGCGUUCCACGGGUUUCCAUUCCACCACACUGAUAAUCCUUUCCCGCACAAUGAUCCGUUGGCAACCAACGCUUCCACGCCCACAUCCACCACUUCCUCUGCAAUGGACUUCUUUAUGAUCCCCCAUAAUAACAUGAUGACAAGAAAUAAUGUUGUAUCAGCUGUCGGAGGUGGAGGUGGGGAGCUGGAUUUCCUGGCGACCACGGCGGGGUGGCAUAGUCGAAGAGACGGGGAUGAUUAA